AGGAACUGGACCAGGCCCUGUGAAGUAGGGACCAGGUCCCCAAGCAUUAAUUCCCUUUGAAGCAGGGAUGGCCAUCAGAAAUUGAUGUCUCAUCGGAAGUUUUCAGCCCCUCGUCAUGGCCACCUGGGGUUUCUGCCCCACAAGCGCAGCAAGCGCCACCGCGGUAAAGUGAAGACGUGGCCCAAGGAUGAUCCUAGUAAACCGGUCCACCUCACAGCUUUCCUGGGGUACAAGGCCGGGAUGACGCACACUCUGCGAGAGAUCCACAGACCAGGCCUCAAGAUUUCCAAGCGGGAGGAGGUGGAAGCCGUGACGAUCAUAGAGACACCCCCAAUGAUUGUGGUGGGCAUAGUGGGGUACGUAGAGACCCCUCGGGGCUUGCGGAGUCUGAAGACCAUAUUUGCAGAGCACAUCAGCGAUGAGUGCAGGAGACGCUUCUACAGGAACUGGUACAAGAGCAAGAAAAAGGCCUUUACCAAAUAUUGUAAAAAAUGGCAGGAUGCGGAAGGCAAGAAGCACCUGGAAAAGGACUUUGCAACCAUGAAGAAGUACUGCAAGGUCAUCCGGGUCAUCGUGCACACCCAGAUGAAACUGCUGUCCUUGCGGCAGAAGAAGGCCCACGUGAUGGAGAUCCAGCUGAAUGGUGGAACCAUGGCCGAGAAGGUAGACUGGGCCCACGAGAAGCUGGAGAAGCAGAUCCCAGUCACCACUGUCUUCUGCAAGGAUGAGAUGAUCGAUGUCAUUGGAGUCACCAAGGGGAAAGGGAUGAAAGGUGUAACCUCACGCUGGCACACUAAGAAGUUACCCCGUAAAACACACAAGGGGCUGCGCAAGGUGGCUUGUAUCGGAGCAUGGCAUCCAGCUCGUGUUGCCUAUACCAUAGCCCGGGCUGGCCAAAAGGGCUACCACCAUCGAACCGAGAUCAACAAGAAGAUUUAUCGUAUUGGCCGAGGUAUACAUAUGCAGGAUGGUAAAAUUGUGAAGAACAAUGCGGCAACACAGUACGAUAUCACAGACAAGUCCAUUACACCUUUGGGAGGUUUCCCACACUACGGGCAAGUGAACAAUGAUUUUGUCAUGCUUAAAGGCUGCGUUGUGGGGAGUAAGAAGCGGGUUCUUACUCUCAGGAAGUCUCUAUUGGUUCACGUGAGCCGCCGCGCCCUAGAGUCCAUUGAGCUGAAAUUCAUUGAUACGACAUCCAAAUUUGGCCAUGGGUGCUUCCAAACAGACCAGGAGAAGCGAGCAUUCAUGGGACCCCAGAAGAAACAUCUGAUAAAAGAUAAACCAAAGGCAGCUGAGGCUCUAUAGAUAUUGCCAUGAUACUUCUAUUUAUUGGUCUACAAAUGGAAAUAAAAAUGACCCUUCAGUGAU